GCCAGAGAAGACCUUUCCGUGCGGGAAGCGGGGCUCCCCCCGGUCCCGGGCAUCAGGGCGCCCGUCGCAGAUAUACGUCCAGGCUGGAGGGAUCGUCCCCGGCUGGGAGGAGCCAGCGGCUCCGCCGCUGUAAACAGUGCGGGCACCGCCAGCGGUUGGGAGAUGGAUAUAAAUAGGGAGGCGGAGGGGAGACAGCCGGAGCGGCGGAGAGGGAGCUGCCUGCGCCUGCCUGCCCCUGCCCUGCCUGCCCCGCUGGGUGCCCGGCAGCCCGAGCCAGCAGCUCCGAGAGGCGUCGAGUAGAGUCCGCGGUCGGCGCUGCCGGGACGCUCCAGGUAAGCGUCUGCAGCGAAGUUUGGAACGCGCCGGUGCCGCUCGUCGAUCCGCCGCUGGGUUUGCUCCGCGCCGGCUCCCUCUGUCCGCGCUGCUGUUCUGGUGCCUCGCCGUGUCCGGGGUUGCGUGGAGCGGGGAGGGGGAUUCUGCUUUCGUUUUUGCGACGUUAACUGAAAGGGGGGAAAAAAGGAAAAAAAAAAAAAAAAAAACAAACAACAAAACCAAAACGCAUCGAAAGCAAAUGUGCCACUCGCCGGCUCCGUGCAAAGCCGCGGCGCACGUGUUGCGGGCGGGGGCGGCCCCGCGGCCGCGGGAUGCAGGUAGAGGCUGCGGGACCGCCCGGGACGUGCCGAGCGCGGGGAGCCCCGGGGAGCCGUGCCUCCUGCUGCCCUUCGCGCCGGACCCGGAGACAGUCCUGGUCCCGGUGCCGCCGCGGGACGCGCCGGGAGCAGCGAACGGCGGCAGCGCAUCAGGUCGGUACCGCGCCCCUCCGAGCCCCUCCACCUCCCGGCCCCGCCGCCGCUGCCGCCGCCCGUCUCUUGCAGGGCCCUGCCCGGAGGCCGUCCCGCACCUCGCCCCGUGGCGACCCGGCUCCGACACCCGCCGCGCCGCCGUGGUGGGCCGGGGGACGGCCCUGCGCCUCGAGAGCUCCGCCGCCUUCCACUCCCUCGUCAUCCGCGACGGAGGGAUACUCGUGUUCGCCGACCACCCCCACGGGCCGCCCAUCACCCUGCGGGCCCGCUACAUCCUCAUCCACGACGGCGGGGAGCUGCAUAUCGGCUCGGAGCGCUGCCCCUACGGGUCGCGGGCCACCAUCUCACUGUACGGGCGAGCCGCCGAGGGGGCGGCCGUGGAAGGCUUCGGGCAGAAGUUCUUGGGCGUGGGUCCUGGCGGCGUCCUGGAGCUGCACGGCCGGCGGCCCCGCUCCUGGACACUCCUGGACAAGACGCUGCACCCCGGCGGGCUCCGGCACGGCCCCUACUCCUCCGAGAGGCGAUGGGGCAGCCGCGGGCUCAACAUCCGCGUCCUGGACGGCGGCACGGCGCGGGUGCUGGCGGCGGGGCGCUUCGACACCCACCUGCGGCCGGGCGAGGGCCGGCGGCUGCGAGCCUUCCUGGCCCGGCAGCCCCCCGGCAGCGUGGUGGCGGCGGCCGUGGGGGACUCUGCCGCCCGCAGCCUCACGCCGCAGACGCGGCUGCUGCUGCGGGACCGCCUGGGCAGCAGGUUCAUCGCCCGCCUGGGAUACAGGCAGCCCUGGGCGCUGGUGGGGAUCCUCGGAGGGGAUCAGCUCUUCACAGCAGAAGAUAAGCGGGAGUAUCACGGGAAUGGAACAACGGGGUUAGCCAUAGCCCAAAGAGAUUUCCUCACCUACGACGGCACCCGUUUCACUGUUACUGCUUUCAGUGGGUGGAUAAAAGGGGUGCCUCAUAAUGGAUUUAAAGUGGAAGUGACCAAAGGAUUAAUUAUUCAUCUGGUGGAUGAGGUUACAAGCUGGUUACCUGGUGAUCGUAUCGUCAUUGCCAGUACAGACUAUUCUAUGCAUCAGGCUGAAGAGUUUAAUCUCCUUCCUUGCCCUGAAUGUAAAAGUAAUCAAGUGAAAAUUGAUGGCAGCCCACUUUAUCUUCACAUUGGAGAAAUCAUAGAUGGUGUUGACAUGAGGGCAGAGGUUGGUCUUCUGACUAGAAACAUACUUAUUCAAGGAGAAAUGGAAGACUCCUGCUAUGGAGAAAACCAAUGCCAGUUUUUCUCUUUUGAUACAUUUGGAGGACACAUUAAAAUCCUAAGGAAUUUCAGCUCUGUUCACAUGUCAGGAGUGGAAUUAAAAAACAUGGGGCAGCAAAUCCUGGGCAGUUACCCUGUGCAUUUUCACUUGGCUGAGGAUGUGGAUGAGAGAGGGGGAUAUGGACGCCCAACGUACCUCGAUAACCUGGCUAUCCAUCACUGCUUCUCUAGGUGUGUUGCCAUACAUGGAACUCAUGGCCUUCUGGUAAAAGACACCAUUGGCUAUGACACCCUGGGGCACUGUUUCUUCCUGGAAGAUGGGACGGAGCAGCGCAACACCUUUUAUCACAACCUGGGCCUCCUCACGAGGCCAGGGACGAUCCUGCCCUCGGAUCGCAGCGAGCUCAUGUGCCUUGCCAUCCGCAGCCACGUCCACGGGAAUUACAUUCCUGUGCCAAGCACUGACUGCAUGGCUGUCAGCACGUUCUGGAUUGCAAAUCCAAACAACAAUUUAAUAGAGAAUGCAGCGGCUGGUGCUCAGGAUGUCGGGAUAUGGUACAUCUUCCACCGGGUUCCCACCGGGCACUCUGAGGGGCGAUAUCCAGAGGGACAGGCUGAACAUACCCCCUUGGGAGUAUUUUACAAUAACAGAGUCCACUCCAAUUUCAAGGCUGGUUUGUUUAUUGGAAAAGGAGUAAAGACAACAAGAGCCAACGCUGAAGAUCCCAGAGAGUAUCUCACUGUCGAUAAUGCCAGGUUUCGCCCACAUCAAGAUGCUGAUCCUGAAAAACCACGAGUUCCUGCUGUGAUUGAUGGUCUUAUUGCUUUUAAAAAUAAUGACCAUGGUGCCUGGGCCAGGGGCGGUGACAUUAUUUUCCGCAACUCAGGGUUUUCAGACAAUGGAAUUGGACUCACUCUGGCAAGUGAUGGGACUUUCCCAACAGAUGAAGGCUCCAGCCUGGAGGUUACACGCUCAAUUUUUGUUGGAGAAAGCAGCAACUUUGGCUCCCAGGGAGGACAAAACAGCUACUGGGGAAAAGGGGCAAAUGGAGAAUACAGAACACUGCCCAGAAAUAAGACAUUCCCUAUUCGUGGAUUCCAGAUUUAUGAUGGGCCUGUCAGGAUGGCAAGAUGCACCUUCAAGAAGUUCACCCCAACUGUUGACAGACACUCAAGUGCCAUUGGGUUCUUCAUGAAAAACUCCUGGCAGAUAAGCCCCCAGAACAAUGUGUCACAGAUCCUGAUGGAGAAAAGUGUGGAACUGAAGGUGUUUUUUGGCAGACCGGGCCAAUGGUUUGGAAACAAUGACAAUGAUGGUGACAAAAUGUCGAUCUUCCAUGACCUGGAUGGCUCGGUGACAGGGUACCCAGACACCUUCGUAGGCAGAGCGGACAACUACCUGCUGCGUCAUCCCGGGUGUCUCACUGUCCCACGCUGGAAUGGGGUGAUGUGUCCAGGGAAAUUUGCACAGCUUUAUAUCCAGGCCAGACGCCCUGAGAACCUGACCUUGUCCAUCGCCAGAGCAGCCUACCCUUCCCAUCCUGUGAGACUGCAGGGUGUGAACAGAGGAGCACCGUACCAGCAGUACCAGCCUGUCGUCAUGCUCGAGCAGGAUUAUGUCAUCCAGUGGGAUGGCAGAGCACCUGAGGAUGUUAUCCUGUACCCCAUCAACUUCAACAGAGGAGACUGGCUGCGUGUUGCCCUCUGCUAUCCCAGGGAAGCCGUUUUCCAGGUGGUGGGAGAUAUCUACCAGCGACGGACAGGGAUGGUGCACAGUGUCCAGCACUACCUUGCUGCUCCUUCCAUCGCUCUCAACAGAGCUCAUGAGCGGCUCUUCUACUUCGACAGAGCAUCAGGGUACCUGUUUGUUCACCUGCAAGCCCACGCAGCUCGGGAAGGACACAGUUACUGCUCUCAGCAAGGCUGUGAACGGAUCAAAAUCACGGCACACAUGAGCCCGGGGGACUCCUGGAGCUGUGACCCCAACCCCUUCCCUGAGAGGCCAGUGGCUGCCCAGCACCCCGUGUCCCAGAGCCCAGCCGGGCUGUGCAGGGCGUGUGGAGCCCCACAGGUUGCCAUCACCAGCACACCCUCAGUCGAGUAUAUAAGGAUCCAGAUCCAAUCUCUCGGCAGGGUGGACACGCAAAACCACUUGACAUCUGCGUUCAUUAAGAUAAAUGGUACAGUGUUCCUGUUCAAUAGCAGUGGGAUAUUCUUCCUGGUGCUGGAUGCAUGUUCAGGAGCAGUUGUAAGUAGAUGGCACUUUGACACAGUUACCAGUGAAAACGCUGCCCGUGCAAUAACUGAUUACGUUCACACAUCCAUAAAAGAGAGAUCACUUGUUCUUGUGUGCUCUAGAAGUGUCACAGACGUGGUGGGCAGCUCUGAAAUGUCUGUUUUUACCAGGUUAGGUUCAGCAAAGCCUAUUGUCUUCCACAAGGGAGGGAGUUUUGCCAUGCUUGGCUAUAAAGGACAAGCCAAGCCCUCCUGGAUUAAAGUCCUUAAUCAUGCUGGUUAUCAGAAAGCUGCUUCUCUACAGCAUUAUGUUCCUUUGAAGCUGAAAGAGUAUCAAUGUCCAGCUGAUGCUGAUAAGUCACUAAGGUUUGCUUUUCCUCAGAGCCGCUCAGAGCACACCCCUGCAAAGGCUGUGGCACCCCGGGGUUAGCACUGCUGGGGAGCACCAGCCAGGCAGAGCCCACCACCCUCACCAAAACCUGCUCCUGUCCUUACAAGAAUGUACCAAACCAAUGGUGUUCACCUGUAUACUUUAUAACUAAUAAAUGUAUUCUCAUUCUCUGUGGUAGACCUUUAUUCC